UAACCCGGAACUAACAAAACAUUAGAUUUACAUUCUAUAUACAAUCACUUCUCGCGGAAGUGAAUUAUAUCAAGAUUUGUGAAUUUUCUGAGCAACUCAGAACGUUGCCCGGUAUUCGAGGACCUCAGCGUCGUCUACGUAAGAAGCGUAACCUCGGUCCGGAAUGUGUCUUUGUGUUUGCGGCGUAAGCUUCACUGCGCUUUCGGUGAGUAAAGCCCGGAGUGACGGUCAGUAACCACGCGAAGUAUUGGCUUUGGUAUUUUUGGUUUUCGAGUAUGGCCUCGCAAGGGUCGGAGGAAAUAUCGGAGCAAACCGAAGAAGCCGAACUACCGCAGGACGAGGAGGAUUUGAGGGUCUCCCCGGCGGAGGAAAUGCCCGCUGACGGGCCCGGGGAUGGGGAGCCACCGGAGCAGCUUCUGCUACCGUGGGACCGCUUCUCCGCCUGGCUUCACUGCAUCUGUGUGGUCGGCUUCGACCUGGAGCUCGGCCAGGCCGUGGAGGUUAUAUACCCUCACCAUUCAAAGCUCACAGAGAAAGAGAAAAUGAGCAUCUGCUACUUGUCAUUUCCAGAUUCUAACUCGGGCUGCUUAGGGGACACACAGUUUUGCUUCCGUUUCCGGCAGGCGGCGGGCAGGAAGUCCUCGCUCGGAUGUUUUCUGGACCACUUUGACAGAGACGCACCGGUUUGCCUCAAGAAAGAUCAGGGGCAUUUCUACGGUUAUGUCUACUUCAGACAAGUUCGAGAUAAAACGUUGAAGAGGGGCUACUUUCAGAAGUCUCUGGUUCUCAUCAGCAAGCUCCCUUACGUCACCUUCUUCCACUCGCUUCUGAAGCUCAUUGCCCCUGAAUAUUUCGAGAAACAGGAGCCAUGUUUAGAAGCUGCUUGCAAUGAUAUUGACCGGUGGCCAACACCAUGUCCAGGCAAGAUCUUAUCUCUCCCAAUCAUGGGUGUCGUCAUGAAGCUGCGUAUACCGACGUGUUAUGACAAGCCCGGCACCUCACAGCUUGUGCAGUCCACCUCGAGCGACAGUCUCGUGUCUGUUGUUCUUCCUACCAUCCACGAAGUGGACCUGUUCAGGUGUUUCUACCCCGUGUUCUUUCACAUCCAGAUGUUGUGGGAGCUGGUGCUGCUCGGGGAAGCACUCGUCGUAAUGGCACCGUCGCCGGCGGAGUCGUCGGACACGGUGCUGGCGUUAGUCAGCUGUAUCGCACCCCUGAAGUACUGCAGUGACUUCCGGCCGUACUUCACCAUCCACGACAGCGAGUUCAAAGAGUACACGACCCGAACCCAAGCUCCGCCGUCUGUCGUCUUGGGCGUAACAAAUCCUUUCUUCGCCAAAACACUUCAGCAUUGGCCUCACAUCAUCCGCAUAGGGGACAUGAAGCAAACAGAAAUGGCCAAACAGAUGAAGGUGAAGAAAUUAAAAAACCUGAAAACUCUGGAUUCCAAACCAGGAGUGUACACUGCAUACAAGCCUUUUCUGAACAAGGAUGAAGACAUCAUUAAGCAGCUCCAGAAGGGAGUUCAGCAGAAACGUCCAUCUGAGGCCCAGAAUGCUAUUCUGCGGCGAUACUUCUUGGAAUUAACACAGAGCUUCAUCAUUCCCUUGGAGCGCUAUGUGGCCAGCCUGAUGCCUUUACAGAAAAGCAUCUCUGCCUGGAAAAGUCCUCCUCAGCUCAAGCCAUUUAUACAAGAGGAGUUUAUGAAGACUCUGGAAAAGGCCGGUCCUCAGCUCACAUCUCGCCUCAAAGGAGACUGGAUUGGUCUUUAUAGGCAGUUCCUUAAAUCGCCCAACUUCGACGGCUGGUUCAGAAACCGCAGGAAAGAGAUGAUGCAGAAGCUGGAGGCCCUGCAUCUCGAGGCGCUUUGUGAAGAGGAUCUGCAACUGCGAAUUCAAAAACACACCGAAGUGGAAACAGUUGAUCUUGUUCUCAAGCUGAAAGAUAAACUGACGCAGGCUGAGCGAGAGCAGCUGCCUGUAAGAGCAGGGACGCUGGCCAAACUUCAGUCCCACAUUGACUCCAUUAUCCUCUCGCUUCCGGAGGACCUGCAGGGCAUCCUGCACAAACCAGCCACACCCUGACCCCCAACACAAGCUCUACUGCAGAAACAAGGACGAGACGACCGAGCUGAUCACGGCUUUGGGGUUUGGAGGUUUAACACCAGAACUGUUCCACAUAAGCUGUGAGCGUGUUUUUGUUUGUUUGUUUGUUUUGUUGCAACUGCAGUUACUCGUACAGAUCCAAGGUUAGGGCCAAGCUGCAGCGCAAUGCUGGCAUUGCCGGAGCCCAGAAAAGGCUAAAUCGGCCCGAUGAGAUUCGCUGCACUGUACGUGAAGAGAGGUGUUAGGAAUGUGCUCAUUCUUAAUAUCGAUGACUCUUUGUCUCUCACUAUGUGAGACUGACAUCUUGUUUUUAAACAUGAUUGCCUGGACAGUUUUCUUUUUUUUUUUUCUUUUUUUUUUGAGAUUAUCCAAGUUGGACAGGAAUCAUACAGAUUGAAUCCAGGGAGAUAAAAUGAAUGCUUAAUCCAGUGUCAGUGAGGUAUGUUUUUAGAUAUGGAUUAACCCUAAGCCUGGACCAGAAACAAUUUCCAGUUCCCUACUGUCCCGUUCAUAUAUCUGAACUCCAAAACUGACAAUUACAUCCCCAGUAGGUAUCAAUACCAAUCCUGGAAUGAAGGGACAUGGGUUUGAUGAAGCUGAUCAUGAUUUAAUUACAUAAAAUAAUUUCAGCCAGAGAGAACAACACUAACAGAACAUGCACAGAACCCUAAAUAUGUUAAUGAAGUAAACGUGCUUUUAUUUCCUUAAGAGGAAAUCAGGAAAUACAUCAUUUAUGCCUUUUUAUCACGUAUCAAUAAAUUAAAACGUUAACUCUGUAACGUUAUUGCAGAGAAAAUAAGAAAACAAAGAAAUGAAUUUUUUUUUUCUGAUUGAUUGCAAUCCCCAAGUACUUUCUUUUAUAAUAAUUAAUAUAUUAAUUCAUAUUAAAAAAACAGAGAAAGAAAAGUCAUUGUCUAUGGCACAGGUUCCCAUCCCCAAUCCUGACCCAGUGUCCUGAAGAGUUCAGAACAGCUGACUGAAGUAAUGAUAUUCUAGUUAGCAGCUCUCCUGAGUUAAGUAGAUGUGUUCGAGCACUGAAAUGCACUUGACAAGCAGUUCUCCAGAACCAGGGUUAGGAACCUGUGGCCCAUCAGUCAGUUUGGGAAAGAGCGCCCUCUGGGGGUUAAGUUAGUUGUGAAAUCCUAGUAAUGUCCUGCUGAGUCUGCUGUACUGUGCAUUCAGACCGAUUGAGUCAUUCGGUCUUUCGUUAUUUCCCAAGAAUCUUCAAAGCGAUCCUGAUUCGUAUGCCGAAUAAUUCCUACUCUAGCAGUUUGAUUCUUUUUUUUUUUUUUUUUCCCCCCCAUCUGUAUAUCAGACGCAUUGAUUGUGAUCAUAUUGAAAUGCAUGAAGUUCAUGUUGAAGCUCCUGCAAGCGUUCUUCUAUCAUGUGCCUUGUGAUGUGAUGUGAUGAGGAGCGAAAUGUAGAAACGACCAAAGAUACUGUCCUGUUCGUUUUGUUUUGUUUGUUUUUCUUUUCUUUUCUUUUUUUAAGCACAGAAUCAUUGACUGACACCUGAAGAAAUACCGCCACUGUUUUACAUCCUGUCACUUCUGAAGUGGUUGAGCAAUGAUGAACCUUGUUGAAGAACGUGGUUUCAUUAUUCCCUAACUCCGUCAGCUGGUUUUGUAGGUUUGUAGAUCCAACACUUGGUGGAAAUGACUUGGCUUUUAGUCCGAGAGAGCGAAAUGGGCCUUUUGACUGAGCCGGUAGUUGGUGCAAACCUGUAUAAAACUGUCUGUUAGGCAGCCGCUUGUGUUUUAUACAUACAGAGGAGCUUAUUUUAACAUGCUUAAAUUUUUUAUAUAAAAUCAAAUUGAUUAUUCUCUUGUGCAUAACAAACACUUCUUGAACAGUAUUUUCUAAUGCUGGUAUUUUUGAUCUUGAUCAUUUCUACAGAAAGUAAAUGUACAGUUAGUUGGCUAUGUAAUAACAAUAAUGUCAUAAAAAGGGGUUAUAACUCUGUAAACAGUGUAUAAAGAAGCACAGAUAUAACACGUUUACGCCAAUAUUUUGGCAUUCAAUAUUUUUUCUAUCAAAGCCAUAACCACUAAUGAAGUUCCACACGCAUUACCUGUCUCAUCAUGUUUUUUUUUGAUUGUAAAUAAAUACACACAAUCAGA